AUGCGCUUCGCACCGCUCAUUGGCGUCUUCACGCUCAGCCAGGCCAUUCCCCAGGCUCCCCCGGGCACCCGCUCCGUAGCUACGAAGCGGGCCGGCGACUUAAAGGUGGUCCUCCUCGCCGACACUAACCGUGACGGCAAGGUCGAUAUGACGGGCGACUCGGACCGCGUUGACAAGGAGACGUGGACUGCCGAGUCCGGCGCGCUGUUCCUUGCCAACAUUGCUGACACGAACCGCCGCUGCUCGUCCCAGAUCACGGGACGAUGCGCGGCGGACCUGGGCGAUAUCUUCCGCGAAAAUUUCGUGGCCCCCCCCGAGCCGACCAUCUUCGGGAAGUCCUACAAAGAGUGGGUGAAGGAGGUGUUGAAGCUCAAGAACUCCCAGGACAAAAAGGACCAGGAAGAGUACGAGGCUCAGAUAAAAAGCCCUGAGUACGCCGCGUACGCACGCGAGUCUGUGGAGUGGAGGUGGGCGACGGGCGACGGGGCCCUUAUCGAGAUGUGCCACGAUGCCUCGGACAACGUGGUGCGCAACUCAGCGCUGCUCGCACCGCUCCGGACCGUCCCGAACCCCGAGCUGAGCGACGCGGCCACCGGGUCUAUCACCGUCUCGGGCGAGGCGGCCGCGUUCAAGGUCCGCAUCUUCCAUAAGAAGGGGGGCAGCUGGGAGUACGUGGGCCCCGACUACGCCUUCUCGGCCGGAGAUAUUAAGGCCGGCCUCGAGCUCGGCCUGGACGGCCGUGAUGUUCGCCGCCCGAACGGGUGGGACGGUAAGGCCCUGGUCAAGUUCACGAUCCGGGACGGGGACAGCCACGCCACCGACUCGGUGGCGCUCCGCGUCGCCCCCGUGCUGACGCACCACCACGGUCAGCUCGCCGAGCAGCUCUUCGCGUCGAACAAUGGCAAGGCGGAGCAGCAGCAGUUCGUUAAAGACAUCGAGGCCGUGUCUAAUAGCGCUGGGAUGAAGAGCCCCGUGCACACCUUCGACACUAAGCAGUGCUACUUUGGCAAGGGCACCGAGGGCUGGACCCAGGACUUCUUCGAGCCCGGCUACACGAGCAUCCCGGGCCCCGAUGGCCCUGUAGGGCUGCGCAUCAUGAUCCGCUCCUCGCAGGCUCGCCGCGAUGCAGGCCGUAAGCUCUUCCAGGAGCUCCGCUCCGGCGAGGUCGGCGUCGUCCAGCACUUGGUCAACGGCUUUGAGUCGGGAACCGUCGAGUCGAUGGGCAAUCUGGAGACGAUCCCGCCGUACACGCACAACGGCAAGGCAUAUCCCGCGGGGCGGACCAUCAUUGGGUCGCAGACAGGCAAGAAGCCAGUCAUGAUGGCCUUUCUCGAGGCCCAGGAGGUGCAGCAGCCGCUCCAGCUCGAUACCUCGUGGCUCGUUGUUGGCCACGUCGACGAGUUCCUGCAGUUCCUACCAGCCAAGUCUGAGCGCAAAUGGGUCAUGGUGGUCGAUGAUCCGACGGCAGGACUUGAGCUGCUCCAGAAGGCGCAAAAGGCCGGCCACGGCGCUGUCAAGGCCGUCUCUCGGCCCAGCAAGCCCUCGGACCCGGCCCACAGAGUUUGCACCCCUUCCGAUACUAUCGACCAGGUCUUGGAGAAGAAGGAUUUCGUCGCCUUCCAGGACAGCUCCGCCCAGGCGAUCCAGAAAAACAUUGACCUCAUCAAGCAGGAUACGGGCAUAACCGACGCCGAGAUCAUCCGCCUUCCGGCUCUCUACUACCCCGGGACCGGCCCGUACGUCCACUGGAGGUGCGAGAAGAAGGGCAGCUACUGGCGCCGCGACCUCGAAGCUCGCGCUGAGCAAUCACCACCGGAGAACGCCGAGAUGGCAAACAUCCUCGGAGAGCUAGACGCGAUCCCUGUGUCCGUCGACGGCGCGACGGCGCCUGCCCAGCCUCAGCGCCGCGCCACGAGCCAGGUCGCCACGCUCUACCCCGGCACUAUCAACGGCAUCGUGCUCAGCGACAGCAAGGUGCUCUCGCCCAACCCGUGGGGGCCCGUCAUCGACGGUAAGGACAUCCUGGCCGAAGCCACCAACGCAGCCUACGCUAAGGCCAACUUCACCGUCGAGUACAUGGACGACUGGUACACGCACCACGUUAGUUUUGGCGAGGUCCAUUGCGCCACGAACACUCUUCGUGAGACGACUGGCCAGUGGUGGUAG